ACAGGUUAGUGUGUGCAAUGCGGAAUGAAGAUGUCCUUCCAAACCAGGAGAAAGCGAUGAAGAUGAGCUCUGCUGGAGUUUCUGGAUGAACGUUUGUCUGCUGAGAUCCUGAUUCUGCUGCUCAGAGCUGUCUGCAGCGUCUCGGAUGUGACGGAGGGGCGGAGCUGACAUGUCAUUCAGAAGUGCAGAGGGCGUGUCCAUCAUGCAGGCCUUGGCCAUGACUGUGGCUGAGAUACCUGUGUUUCUCUAUUCCACCUUUGGGCAGUCUAUCUUCUCUCAGCUGAAGUUGAGUCCCAGUCUGAAGAAGGUGCUGUUUGCCACAGCGCUGGGCAGCGUGGCUCUGGCUCUGACGGCUCAUCAGCUGAAGAGACGCGGCCGGAAGAGGAAGCAGACCCUUGGUAAAGAAGCACAGAAACCUGUGGGGAUCCCAGAACAGCUGCUGAGAUCCAGCCGACCGGCCUCGCUCAAGAGAGGUCCGGUUCCUGCUCGUCAGAUGAUGAGUCCCAGCACGCGCAGUAAUGACACACUCAGCGGUGUUUCAUCAAUCGCACAAAGCAAACACUCGAGUUCUUCACACAGCAUCGCCUCUAUGCGAGUCCCCUCCUCUCCUAACCAAUCAGUGAAUGCUGGGGCAGCAUGGGAGGCGGAGCCUGUGGCUGAAGAGCCAGCAGUCGGAGAGGAUGCCAAUGCUGAAAACCUCUAUCUCAUGGGUAUGGAGCUGUUUGAAGAAGCCUUGAGGAAGUGGGAGCUGGCUCUGAACAUCAGGCACAGGUCUCACUCUCAUGCUUCGGCCUCCAACAGUCAGGGUUCAGAGCUUGUGGAGCGACAUUCGCCCGAAGUUCGUAAUCAUCAGUUUGCAGAGAAGCUGGAGACUCUGCUGCACAGAGCUUAUCAUCUGCAGGAGGACUUCGGCAGCACAAUCCCACCUGACAGUCUGCUUGCAGAUCUGGAAAGUGAAGGCACGCUGAUUUUGCCCACUCUGGGAAGUUCACACCCCAUCCAGGAUGACGAUGCCACGACGGUCACAUCGGACGACUCGUUUUUCUCUGCUGCUGAGUUGUUUGAGACGUUUUCUCUUGAGGACUCGUUUCAUCUGCUGAAGCCGGCCGCUCUCUAUGAAGAAGCUCUGAGUUUGGUGAAAGAUGGAGACGUGGCCUGCAGAUCACUGAGAACUGAACUGCUGGAGUGUUACAGCGAUCAGGACUUCCUCGCUAAACUGCACUGCGUACGACAGGCAUUCCAGGUGCUGCUGCUGGAUGAAACGCACAGAAUGUUCUUCAUGGAAACAGGGAAGCAGAUGAUUUCUGGACUCCUGGUCAAAGCCAACAAGAGUCCGAAGGCGUUUCUGGAGAGUUAUGAAGACAUGCUGCAGUACACACAGAGAGAAGAAACAUGGCCCGUCAGCAAGAUGGAGCUGGAAGGACGUGGGGUUGUCUGUAUGAACUUCUUUGACAUCGUGUUGGACUUUAUCCUCAUGGAUGCGUUCGAGGAUCUGGAAAGUCCUCCGUCUUCAGUGGUCGCAGUUCUGAGGAACAGAUGGCUCUCGGACAGUUUUAAAGAGACUGCAUUGGCUACAGCCUGUUGGUCUGUGCUGAAAGCUAAAAGAAGAUUACUAAUGGUUCCAGAUGGUUUCAUCGCACAUUUCUAUGUAAUCUCUGAACAUGUGAGUCCGGUUUUGGCCUUUGGGUUUUUGGGCCCGCAUCAGCAUCUCAGUGAGGUGUGCACCAUAUUCAAGCAACAGAUUGUUCAGUAUCUGAAGGACAUGUUUGACCAUGAUAAGGUGCGUUUCACAUCCGUCCCAUCUCUGGCUGAAGACAUCCUCCGCCUGUCCCACAGACGAGCAGAUAUCCUGAUGGGUUACCUAGGCAUCGAAAAUCUACCUGAGACCAAUGGAGCUUUACCCAAGAGCCCCUGCCAAGCGGAAAGCGGGAAUCUGGACGCCAGCGGACAGCAAGACUGAGCUUUAAGGUUGUUCUUCAUUUAGCUCUUUAUCAUCAGACCAAUCAAAAGCGUUCGCAGAUUUACAUUCGAGACCUUAGUUUUGUAGAAUAUACUGAGAGAUCAACCACUACUGAGGUCAACCGAGGCCUUUUCUUCAGCUCUUUCUGCAAACUUUCCACCAAAAUAUCAAACGUUUUGUCACCGUAAUCCAGCGCUGCUAUUUAUCCACCUUAAUUUUAUCAGGAAGACUCCAUCAUAACCCAAAUGAACUGAAUAAAACUCAUCUUUUAGC